CCAGUCUGUUUCGACCACACCACACAUACAGUUCGUUCGCGGAACCCGUUGUCGUCUCUCAACAAUUUUUCAUGGUGCUUUGCUAACAACAAAAUGGUUUACCUUCCCCUAGUAGUUGGCUUUUCGCUGGUUGCUUUUGGAUACUCCCAAGACUUAGAACUUCAGCAGCAUGCAUCUACUGUAAAUUAUGUUUUUAGAGAAACCACAGAAUCUCUGCGUUCGACCACCACAACGUCCGAUCCCCAGGAGAAGGACAAAGGGCUCGAAACGUCUCGAGUCCUGAAGGCGCUGUCGUGGCUGGUAACACAGCGGGAAAGUGACUGGGGAUGGCGAAACGACACCCCCAAAGUAUUGACGGCCCUCCAACUCGCCCCCAGAGAGGAGUCUCCGAGGCAGACCGCCGAUCCUCUGGAGAUGCAAUUGUCCCUCAAGCAGAUGGAGGUGGAGAUUGUCGUGUUGUUGUGGAGACAUCAUGAGGUUCCAAUAACUCCUCCAAAAUUAGCUCAAUACUGCCUAGCUCUAUGUGCAAUGUGCUAUGAUCCCAGGCAAUUCCAUGGCCAUGAUCUUAUUGGCAGCCUCCAGCAUCAUGAGCCUAUCCAUGACAUAGAGUUUGCGUAUGCAACUUUAGCCGCCUGUACAGCUAGAGCUCAUGUUAGGAAGAAGCAGAUUCGGAGAUUAUUGGAUAUAGCGAAUACUGCCAAGGAUCAUAACAUAGAUACAGUCGCAAUGACAAUUUUAGCUUUAAGAUGCAUAGUUAAAGAUCAUAGGCAUAGGAAUUUACAGCAUUCCCUUAGAAGGCCUAGUAUAAGCUUAGCCCGACAGCAGCAGCAAGACGGAGGUUUCGGAAAUUUGUAUAAUACUGCUCUUACCCUCCAAGCUCUACAAGAUAUGAACGAAAUAAACAACCACUGGAACCGUACUGCUGCCAAAACUUACGUAGAAUCUAAACAAGAUCCAGAUGGAGCAUUUACUGAUCCAAACUUAACUGCCGAAGUUGUCUUUGCAUUGUCUGAAAGAGGACUGGGACAUAUCAGAAAUAUAGAUUGUGGAAAGUUUGAUAGCGAUUUUGACAAUCAUGUGGAAAUAGACGGCCUAACCAAAUCGCUUUCCAGCCACGGAAACGAUUCUGAAAUCCGAAAUGUCACCGUCACCUACACACUUUGGGUCGGUUCAAACAUUACAGAAAACGCAACAAUUAGCGUAACUGCGCCUAGAAAUACUUCGUUCUACAAUAUAAUGCAACUUGCCAUGGAGUUGGACCCUCAUUUUGCAUUCGAAGCAUCGGAAUGGCCUAACGGACAUUACGUCCACACUCUUGCCGGUUAUAAAGAAGAGCCCAUGGGCUAUCAUUAUUGGCUGUUAUACAGACUACCAGAGCUUCCUGACCCCUUAACACCCCCAGCUAAUCAACUUGUUGCACCUGUCGGCGUGGACGAUCUCCUGAUCGAAGAAGGUGACCACUAUCUCUUCUGGUACAAGAAACUCUAAAACCACAGUGAAAUUUAUAUUUUUUAGUUUUAUAAACUCUUAAACCUUUCGUUGACUUGUUAAAUGUGUGCCAUGAUCAUAUCCUCCUGAUUUUAUUUCGAUGCUUCGUGAUCGUGCGAUAUGGUCGUAAAAUUUUUGAAAGCUUUCUCGGCUUUUGGCUUGGCGUGAAGAUAAAAAGAGUAUUAACGUUUCUAAACGCAUUAUUUCUUUGUAGAUGUUUAUAUUAAGUCUAUAUCUAAAGAAUCUGUUAAACGUACAUAUAUGAAUUAUCCGGUCUAGAAUUUGAUUUAGAAAAGGUGCAUAGUAAUAAUUGGUGAGAAAUCAUAGCUUUGUCUAACAAAUAUAUUAUUAAAAAUAAGAAAAAUUUAAUUUUAGUUGUGUUUGAUGAUUUAAAAACUUAUACCGUUAAUUAGUUUUUUGCAUGUCAUAUUUAUUGAGUCUUUAAAAUUGUGGGAGCUGAAUCGCUCAAAUUGUGGUUUGUAUGUGUCAAUAAUUUGAGAUAUAACACUUGUUAAAAGUUAAAUAUUUGAGCUUUACGGUUAUAUUUUUGACUUUCAUACAGAUAUAGAAUAAAAUACAUUAAUUAAUCAUAAAAAUCAACGUAUUGGGUGUUUGGUAUACCAAAAAAAAUUGAUUUUUAAACCAAUUAUUCUUAUGCAUUUUGUCUAAAAUAAUAUCAGCUCAAAGCAUGUAAUUUUAUGAUGUACUCUGCAAAUCACAAAAUUUAUGAAAACAUCCCGAAUAAUUAUGUAAAAACGUUCCCAUUAGAUUACUUUUAAAUUAAAAUACUAAAAGCCAAGGGUAAACUAAUGAACUAUAAGUAACAUAGAGUAUAUAUAGAAUGUGAUCUAAUAUUAAAAGAGUUAGAAAUACAAACAAACCUUAGGAAGAUAGCAGUGGAUGACAAGACUAAUGGGAAAAGGACAAAAAUUGGAUAUGGAUGUGGAAGUGAAAUCAAAAAACAAGCCGGAUAGAAAAAGUAACAUACAAUACUGAACCAACUUGUUCAAAAAACUAGCUAAAGAUAACACAAUGACGGACCGGAAAACAAAACAGGCACAGAACAGGGACACGAGCAGACUUAAAGAUAACAACAAAAGGAAAAGAAAAACGAAUUAAAGUACAACUUAGACACAGAAAAGAACAAAACAACUUUAAAAAUGGCAUCAUGGAAUGUAAGAGGUAUAAAUGGGAAGGAAACAGAACUGGGGGAAGAAAUUAGGAAUAAGAAUAUUGAAAUAAUAGCUAUAACCGAGACAAAGAAGAAAGGAAGAAGGAUCAAUAAUAUUAGAAAAUGAAAUGUUACUAAUAUACAGUAAAGUGGAAGAAACCAAGAGAGCUCAGGCAGGAGUAGUGUGCAUGAUAAAGAAGGACAGUAUCAACAAAGUAAAAAAUGGAUAUAGUACAACGAACGUAUACUAAGAGUAGACACUAGAUAUGGAUACAGAGGAAAACCAAUACAAACCUAAUCAUAUGCUAUGGACCCAGAUAAAGACGCAACAAAAAACGAAAAGAAUGAGUUCUGGGACAAAUUACAAGAAGUGAUAAAUGAUUGUACAGAAAAAUUGUGAUUACAGGAGAUAUGAACAGUAGGGGAAAGAAGCAGAAAAAUGGAACAAUGUCAUCGAACCUUAUGAGGAGGCAAAAAUAAACAAAAAUGGAAAAUUACUACUCGAAUUCUGUCUAGACAUAACCUGAUUAUGAACACACACUCCCAACAUAAAAAGAUACACAAGAUCACAAGAGAAGUCAAAUCAAGAGACGAACAAUCAAUUUAUAGACUAUACUAUAGUGCAAAAAAACAGAGAACUGCAUAAGAGACGUAAGGGUAUAAAGGAGUUAUGAAAUUGGUAGUGACCACUAUCUACUAGAAACCACAUUCAAAAGCAAAAGAAAAGAAAUAAAAAGAAAACAUAUGAGCACAUAAACAAAAAACACAAAGAAAUAAUAAAAAUUUAUAAACUAAGGGAAAAAACAACCAAUAUAAGAUACUCAGAAGAGCUAGAGCAAGAGAUGGACAAUGAACAUGAAAUAACAGAAACAAUAGAAAAAGAAUGGGGAAAAUUUAAAAAAUGGGACAAUAAAAACAGCUAAAUCAAUAUGUGGAACUACAAGAAAUAACAACAGAGGGAAACGUACAUGUUGGUGGAACGAUGAAAUGAAAAGAGAAAUAAAAGAAAAGAAGAAAUUGUGGAAAGAAUACAUACAAGACAAAACACAACCAAAAUAUGAAAAUUAUAAAAGACAAAGAACAAAGGUUAAAGAGAUAGUUAAGAAAGAUAAAAAAAAGUUGGGAAAAAUUAGGAGAAAAAAUGGAAGGAACAGCACAGAAAACGUAAAAUUAUCUUAUAGAACACUAAAAACCCUAAAAAGCAACAAACAAACGAAACUAAAACAAAUAUUGAACAAGGAAGGAACAAAAAUAAAUGACGAGAAGACAAUAAUGGAAAGAUGGAGGGAACAUUUCCAGCUGAUACUGAAUGGGAAUCAAGCGAAUACAAUGGAAAAGGAAAGCCACAUCAAGAGAGUAUCCAUGAGAAACACGGAAAAUCCAGAAACUAUAGAAAAAGAAGAACUAGAAGAAGCAAUAACAAAGAUAAAGAUUGGAAAAGCACUAGGAAGCGAUGAAGAAUAGAGAACCAGAUUCAGAACUAGUAGAAACCGAUGAACCUAGAACCUAUUCCUCAUGUACAUGCAUGGUGGAGAUCAUCAAGAACUGGGUAAGAAAUAGAAGAGUAGAAUUGAACGAUCAUAUAAGCCGAAUGACAACAAAUACAGUAGUAAAGACGGACGAAACGGUUCUCCAAUAGGAAGACCACGUCAGUUGGAAGGCCACGAAAAGGAUGGAACGAUAACUGACUGGAGGCACAUUUAAAAACAGACAGAGUCUAAUCUAUGUUAAAAGAAGGAGAAGAAGAGCCAUUACCUUUUAUUUUAUAACACAAGAAAGUUAAUACAGGUUUUUAUAUAAAAAAAUAAACAUUUUGGUUUUAAAGUAAUCUAAAAUGGGAUAGGUUGGUAAAAAUCUAGUAGAUUAAUAAGAUACCCAACAAGUCCAAAUAUACAAGGUAACUAUGUUAUCCUUAGCACUUUUAAAGUAACUAUUUUCAUAGAGAAUUUAAAAUUGAAAUAUAGCACGCUAGAUAUAAAAAUACUAAAGGCUGUUAAAGUGUAUCUUAUUGGUCUAAAUAUUGAAACUUUUUUUGAUACAGCUGUAUUGUUUAUCUAUAUCAUUGGAUGUUGUUGACGUGUUAGUAAAUAUAGUAAAUAUAGCACAUAUUUCUACCUCAAAAAGAUCAUGGCAAUAAACUUUUUAAUAUCAAAAAAAGUUUCAUUCGCUAAAGUGUAAAAUGAGUACAUCUGCGAGAUACAUCUACAGACCUAAAACAAAACUUUUUUAAUUAUUUUGUGAACUUUGACGCACUGGAAAAGAAUACAGGUUGUUCUGAAAUUGUUUUUAGUAUUGUAUUCAAAUGGUACUAGACAAUUUUAAAUUAAAAUUACAAAAUGCCAAUGGGAUUUGUGGUAUCCAAAAUAUGGAAACGAUUUUACGAGUAUCAAAGCCCAAAUGGAAGUAUACUUGAUUUCAACCUCAACAACAUAUCAUUGGAGGAUAGAUAACUCUAAAUAAUAAGGCUCACUUUAUGUGUUAUUUAUAAUACCACAAAGAAUAUGCUGAGUACCUGCUGCAUAUCUUUUCUUAGUAAAUCUGAAACAUGUAUUAUGUACCAUGUGCUUAGUCGCACAUUAGUGGUUCUAUGUACUAGUCAAACCAUUUGUAGAGGUCCAUUGUUGGCUCCUAACAGGAAAUUUUUCAAAACUAUUUUGAGGAGUUUUCGUUAGCAUCCUGCGGUUCAUCUUACCUUAAUAGCAAAUCUGAAAUAUUAUAGCUCCAAAAUACCGCAGGUAUAGCAUGCUAUCAUGAUAUUAUAGGCAUUAUAUCUUACUAUCCAUAAAAAAAAAUUAUGUAUUAAUUAGCUGAACAAAAGGGCACAAAAAUUCCCUUUGAUCACCAGAGCACUGACAUGCGACCUGUUAAGCUGUGUUUACAAACAAAGAUUAUUACGGGAUACCAGAAAAAAUUAAAAGUGCAUACCGUAUAAAAAAAAUUUCACUGCACUGCACUAGACACGUAAGCAAUAAAAGUUAACAUAUCUAUUUCUUCAGUGAACUAAAAAGAAGACAUUUAGCGAUCUUAUCUCCAACUAGACUUCACUAAUUUUCAGCUAAAUUAAAACUUAUUCCUUUAUUUAUUUUAUCUUGGUUUAACUGUUGUACUUUAUUCGUUAUACUGCCCUACAUUAUCGAUUUUUCCAUCUUUCUUACAGGCUUCGUGUCCAAUGUCGAUAAAACUAAAAACAGGCCAAGCCUGAGCGGAAAUCCAUCCUACUAUCAGGGCUGUCAUUAUCCAAGUCCUCUCAUGGCACAAUUCGGACCUCCACAAUGAAAACCACCGUUUCCCAGAGAAGAGAAAUCAUCAAUUAAAAAUUAUUUCCUUGCCAGGAUCGGCAGAAAGAUUGCUAUGUAUUUCCUGCGUAAAUAUCUAGACGGAACUAAAAUCAAAGAAAAGAUAAAUAUGUGAAUUAUACCAACAGACUCCAAAAUGUUUAGAAAAUGCUACAACGAUAAAAAAACAAAAAAAUUCUGCCUAGAACUGUACAAAAAUUUAAAAAUGAUACUUAUGGUAUUAUUAUUGCCAGUACUGUUGGUUUCGUGCUAUUUUAUCAUUUGCUGAACGUAGUUAGCUUCAGAGACUGGUUAGAAUUUAGCUGAUAUAUGGAUGUACGUAAUUUUAUGGACCUAAGGAACGCAUAUAUAAUAUCAAAGUGACAAGGCGACGACAUAGUGGUAGUGAGAAAACGCCUGUUAGUAAGAGCGCCCACCAAACUGGCAUGGCAAGUGGCAAGUAGCAAGUAGCACGCGUCUAGCGUGUUAUUUAAAAUGUAACCAAUGCAAAUGAAUGAC